AAGAGCUGAGGGUGAAAAGGCAGGAGUUGUCGCAGGUGGUCAGAGAGAGGAAGGUGACGAUGCAGGAAUUGAUGGAGGUAGUCAAAGAAUGGAGGGUGAAAGUGCAGGAAUUGAUGAAGGUGGUGAGCAAGUGGAGAAUGAUGACGCAGGAAAGGAUGAAAAUGAUCAGGAAAUGGAAGAUGUGGGAAAGAAUGAAGGUGAAGAUCAACUAGAUCUCGAAGGCGAACGUAGUCAGGGCGAGGAGCAGGUGACCGGAAAUGACAGCGAAACAGAAGCCAAAGUAAAAAUAAUUCACAGUAGUUUGGUCGUUGACGAAGAGAUGAUUAAAAUAGAAAAAAUAGAUACCCCUUUAGACAGAUCUGAAUCAAUCUGUGUAGACGUUUUGAAUGAUGAGAAACAGAUUAAAACAGCCGUGUUAACGCGUAUUCGACGGAGACUACUUAGAUCGUUUAGAAAACUUAAAGAGCGCCUACAACAACCUCAAAUAAAUAGACUGACUCUCUAUAUUUUUGGCAGUGAAGACGCUGUUCUGAAGGAAUGUGAGCGCGCCAAAAAUGUAGAUACUUUCGUCAUUCACCCUUACAGUACACUCAGGAGCUACUAUGUCAUGUAUGUGUUGGCGCUUACAUUUGCCAAUCUUAUUAUUACACCUCUUGGAAUUACUUUCUUUGAUAAAGAUCAAGGUUUGAAAACAAUAGCAUGGAGAAUGUUCAGUUUUGUAUCUGACAUAUUGUAUCUUGUCGACAUCAUUAUAAAUUUCCGUGUUGGUUUCUUCAGUGAAGAUCGUGAGGUGGUGAACUUGAAUCCAAAAGAAAUUGCUAUGCGAUAUGUCAAAACCUGGCUUGUGAUUGACCUAGCUGCAGCAUUCCCUUUGGACUCCAUAUUAUUCCUUAUUAAGAUUUCUGGAAUUUAUACUUUUACUUCUUACACUUUCUCCAAAUUUCUAAGAUUCUUGUACUUUGGCCGGAUAGUAAGCUUGGUACAACUUCUACAAGUCUCCAGUCUGAUGAGGCGUUUUAAAGAAUGGGAAUUAGCAACUGAUGUAAAUCUGGAACCAAUACAGCUGAUUCUACGUACGUUUUCUGUUUGUUUUCUAAUACUCAUCAUCUGUCAUUGGAAUGGCUGCAUUCAGUUUUUUAUUCCUAUGAUUCAAGGAUUUCCUGAGGACAGUUGGGUGGCAAAAGCAAAUCUCACAAAAGCAUGGUGGGCUGAUCAGUAUUCAGCUGGAGUGUUCCGUGCCAUCUCUCAUACAUUAGGCAACAGCUAUGGGACAGGAGGCCUACCUACAGAAUUAACAGAGGUUGCAGUCACGGUGGUCAGUAUGAUUUCUGGAGCUCUGAUGCAUACAAUAAUGGUGGCAAAUGUGGCAGAUAUGGUAUUAAAUGCAGAUGUUCCAGGACGAAUGUACAGAGAGAAGCUGUGCCAAGUGGAAGAGUACACAAGGAAUAAGAGAUUGCCUCGGCAUCUACGGAUGAAGAUUUCAAACUAUUACAGAGAACGUUUUCAUGGGAAAUGGUUUAAUCAAGAAGCGAUAAUUUCCGAGAUGACAGAAUAUCUGAAAGAGAAGCCAUAGAUCGCUGGAAGCCUUCAUAGUGGACAAGAAUAAUCAAUAAAUCUGUAUAUUUUUUAUUUGUAUAAUAUUGUUUGAAAAUCAGCUACAACAAAACCAAUUUAUAGUUAUUGCUUGUCCCUCAUUAAAACAAGUGAGCUUUUAAAAAUAAUAAAAAUUGUAAAAAAGAAAUUUUUAACAAGUGUCAUCCAAGGCUCAGUUAGGAACUCUCUCUUUCAAAUCAAAAGGUUGCCAAUUUAAGUCCCAUUCAGGACUUCAACAUAACGCAUCAAAGGCUGACACUUGAGUGUUGCAUUGUUGGAAGUUCCACAUUUUAGAUGAAAGAUUAAAACAAGAUACCAUCUUCCCUCAGGGGUAGAUGUGAAAAAUCUCUCUGUUUCAAAGGUGACCAAGAGAGUUAUUCUCGAUGUCCUGGCUAAUAUUUAUUGCAUAACAUCACAAAAACAAACAACUGUAUUUGGUCAAUAUGAUAUUGCUGUUUGUGGGAGCAUGGUUUAUACGACAUUGGUUACCAUGUUUCCUAUCUUACAACAGUGAGUACAUUGUAGAAAAGGAGUCAGUUAGCUCAGUUGGCUGGACAGCUAGUUUGUGAUGUAGAGUAUGUAGUGGGGGGUUCAAUUCCUGCACUGGCUGAGGUCAACAUGAAGAUCUCUCCCCUCACCUGGGACAUGGUAAAUGUCAGGUUAAACCACCACUAGUCAUUUCUGUCUAAUGUAGUCCUCUGGGACAGUGGUGACUUUUUACUUUAAUAGCGCUUAACCAUAAAGCAUUCUAGGACAUUCUGUGGUGGUGAAAGGUAAUAUAUAAGUGCAAAACUGUACACUGUUUUAACCAGUCAAAUAGA